AUGGCCAAUCGCCAGUGCUCAUCAGCCAGCCCCCCGUUGUCCAGUGGCCGCCUGGCCACAAGUGUCCUCGCGGAUGACUGUACUUUGGACACGCGGAGUAGCCAGGGAGCGCGAGCCUUCACCUCUCCACGUGCCAGUAUCGGGCGAGCCGAGAAGCUGCGUCGCAAAGACGAUCCGCGGCCGUUCAAAUCUCCUCGCAGAUCAACCUCGGCUUCAAAUCAACUGAAUCAGCUGGCCUGUUAUCAUGAAGGGGAGAGGAGCUUGCCAUCGAAGUCCCUUCGAUCCAGCCAGGAGAAUGCGCGGCGAGAGCUACGAAGGUUCAACUCAAGUCCGACAGUCCCUCAAGCUCCCACGAUGCCACUGGAGGGGAACGAGGAUGUAGAAAUGCAACUAGAUGAGCCGCCUCCGCCAAUGUUGGGGCAAUAUGAACCCAAUCAGGCGAAAGAGGCGGACAAUGCAGAGGCACAGGCCUUGGCCGCGUCGAGAAUAGGGGACUUGGCUACGCAAGAGAUGCUUAGACAGCUAGAGACCAAUCCAAUCACAGAAGAGCAAUUAAUCAAUGAGGUGCGCGGGAUCUACGCAGGUCUCGUGAUGGUGGAAAAGAAAUGCAUUGAGGUCGAUAGGGAACAGACCGAGUCCAGGGCAGAAUUAUCGGAAUCACAAUGGCAAGCGCUGAUAUCCCUGCAUCGAACGUUACUGCAUGAGCAUCACGAUUUCUUCCUUGCCUCCCAGCAUCCGUCCGCCAGCCCUGUCUUGAAACGCCUGGCCGAAAAGUACGCUAUGCCGGCGCGAAUGUGGCGCUACGGCAUCCAUUCGUUCCUGGAGCUCCUACGACAAAAGCUCCCCGAAUCGUUGGACUUUAUGCUCUAUUUCAUCUACAUUGCGUAUUCCAUGAUGACAUUACUGCUGGAGAGCGUUUCGUCCUUUCGAGAGACCUGGAUCGAGUGUCUCGGCGAUCUCGCGCGGUAUCGCAUGGCUGUGGAAGAGUCUGAUAUGAGAGAUCGUGAGGUCUGGGCUGGGGUAUCUCGGUACUGGUAUAAUCAAGAUGCUGAUUGUAGCCCCGACGUUGGGCGGAUUCAGCAUCACUUAGCCGUCUUAGCGCGGCCAGACGCUCUCCAACAGCUUUAUUACUACACUAAAGCCUUGGUCAGCGUGCGCCCCUUCCUCAAUGCCCGAGAGAGUAUCAUUCUCCUGUUCAAUCCAUUCAAUGGGCAAACUCCUCGGCAGCAUACAAUGGUCACUGCUUUUAUUGCGACGCACAGCGUGAUGUUUAAGCGGGGCCCCAGCGAAGAAUUUGUUACAUUAGCCAAUCUUUUCUUUUCUCUUCUGCGACAAGGUAUUCGCCAUCUCGAUCGCCAGGGACAGCAGGGCGUUUACCUGAUGUCCUGUAAUUUUGCAUCGAUUCUUCAAUAUGGCGAUCCGGAUGCAGUCAUGGCCUUGGAAUUUUCUCAAAAACAUCGAGAGACAGCUGCCGAAGCUCAUGCCUUCGCGCUUGAGUGGACUUCUGGCACAGCCUUGCAAAGUCAGACGGAGGAGAGUGAUUCCGACUCAGUCGAGGCGAUCACUCAAAUUUCCUCCCAAGUUGCUUACCAAGGAAGCUCGUUGGCCUUCCAUACCCUCUCUGUGUUUUUGGAGCAAAUGGGAGAUCCCAACAUAUACCCUAGCGUUCACGUCUCUUUGUGUUUUACCUGGUGUUUGGCACUUCACCCGCCAGCUAUGCAACAGCUCGAAAGGCUGAUCCCUUGGAUACAAAUCACCACCUUCCUCAAUACCCUUGUCAAACGCGACACCCCUUUCCCGAACAUCGAGCAAGACGAUUUCCCAACCCCUCAAGAUGGAACAAUGAAACAGUUACCAGAGGAUUUUCUUAUCCGCGGCCAAUCUUGGAGUCAGCUAUACUACCCAGAAAAAUUUUUCGAAGGAGCCCCGUCAGAGGACGAAAGACCUAUCAACGAAGACCCAUCUACAGCCAUCCCUAGAAGACACAGGUGUCUCUGGCUUGGGGUGCGCAUAUCAACGGUUUGUAGCUAUCCUUCCCGGCGUUAUUUAGUGGAAAAUAUGUUAGAGAAGAGGCUAAUUAGCUAUCAAAUACAGUUUAAUCGUUGGAUAAGGUAUACUCGACAGAGAUUCGAAGUAACUCAAUUAGCAAUCGAUUUUGCACCCAUCGCCCAAAGAUCCGGCAACCUCAACAGCAUGCCACCUGUGUCCAUUCAUAACGACGGUUGA